AUGCUGCUGGGAACGCAAACGCACUGCGCCGGAGCGACGGCAGCUGCAGCUGCAGCGGCGGCCGCGGCUGCAGCGCUCGUUGCAUCGAAGACGGGCGGCAGUGGGACGGAUUUUUCCAUCGCCGCCAUCAUGGCCCGCGGAGGCCACAGCCCGAGCCGGGAGCCAUCGGAACGGAGCAGCAGUCCACUUUCCGUGGAUCGGUUUCCCGAGCCGGACGACGAGGUCGACGUGGAUGUGGAGCAGUGUAGCGACUCCGAGGCGGCUCCAGCAUCUGCCCGAGGUUCCUCUACGUCGAACCGUGCGUCACAUUCCCGGAAUGGAACGCACUCACCGACCCGCACGACCGGCACUCCCUCGGACGAGGAACGACUCACGCCAGAGCCAGCUCCGAGCAAACCGACCAUCGUUGGAUCGUGCAAUUGCGACGAGUUGCGGCCCGUUCAGUGUCACCUGGAGACGAAGGAGCUGUGGGACAAGUUUCACGACCUCGGCACCGAGAUGAUCAUCACCAAGACGGGCCGGCGCAUGUUCCCGACCGUCCGCGUGUCCUUCUCCGGGCCGCUGCGCCACGCAACCCCCGCCGACCGCUACGUCGUCCUGCUCGACAUCGUGCCGAUGGACAGUCGGCGCUAUCGGUACGCGUACCACCGUUCGUCGUGGCUGGUGGCCGGCAAGGCCGACCCGCCGCCCCCCGCCCGCCUCUACGCCCACCCGGACACCCCGAUCGGAGCGGAGGCGCUGCGCAAGCAGGUCAUCUCGUUCGAGAAAGUCAAGCUCACCAACAACGAGAUGGACAAGAACGGUCAAAUUGUACUAAACUCGAUGCACCGCUACCAGCCCCGCAUUCACCUCGUCCGCCUUGGACACGGCCAGAACCUGCCCACCUCGCCGAAGGAGCUGCAAGAGGUCGACCACAAGACAUACGUCUUCCCGGAGACGGUCUUCACGGCGGUGACGGCGUACCAGAACCAGCUGAUAACGAAGCUGAAGAUCGACUCGAACCCAUUCGCCAAAGGAUUCCGGGACUCGUCGCGGUUGACCGACUUCGAUAGCUAUUAUGGCAUAGACCCCAUGGACGCGCUGCUGCUCGAGCAACACCUUCGCACCCCGAUGCGCCUCUUCCCGGAUCCAGCGAUGGCGAUGGCUCAAUUCGCGAGCGGGCCCGAUCCGGACGGUUCCACCCAGGCUGCCCUCUUCGAAAAGGCUCGCCAGCAGCUGCAGAUGUGGGGCCGCUCGCCCUACAGCGAACUCCUGCUGCCCCAGAUGUACCAGCGGCCUCCGGCCAACCUGGGAGCGCUCAAUCUUGGGCUUUGGCAGGCGACGGGCGGACAGUGGCCACCGCAGCUUCCACCCGGGUUCCUGCAGCAGACGGCAAACCUUGCCGCCGCCGUCAACGCGGCCGCCGGUCAAGGGCCGCGAACACCACCUCCACCCCAACCACCACCCCCAUCCGGUUCCACGCCGUCUCCGAUCGGCUCGUCCGGGUCACCUUCGCCGAACGACAUGCGAAAUCGCCCGUUAGGGAACCGAUUCAGCCCGUACCAGAUUCCGCCACAGCAUCCGCAACAUUCACCGAGGAGUCCUCCGAACUAG